AUGGAAUUGAAGGGGAAGAUCUUGUCUGGCCCCCACGACGUAGCCAUCCAAAUGGAGUCCGAAACGGCAGCAACCCACGAAGAAAUAUGGGACGACUCGGCGCUGGUUGAUUCAUGGAACCAAGCAUUAGAGGAGUACAAGAAAUAUCACAGCAUCCACGCCAAAGGCGGCAUAGUUGACGAUGUCUCAAAGGGCACACAUGAUGUGACUCGGCCGACUGCCAAGCCUGAAACACUUGUGGCGAGUGAGCCUAUCGCAGCCGACGAUGAGGAAGGCGAAGUAGAUGAGACAGUGCCCAUGGAUGAGAGCGAUGAAACAUCGCACCCGCCAAUCUCGGAUGCCCAGGGUUCCGUGGACGCGAAGAAGGCCGAUGGCAUUCAAGCCGGUGCUGCUGCUGCUGCUGCUGCGAUCGGGCCGCAGACGCUCUUGAGCUCUGUCCAGGACGAGGGACUCAAAAAGCUCCUGAUGUCGUGGUACUAUGCAGGUUAUUACACUGGCCUCUAUGAGGGAAGGCAGCAAGCGCUACAGGAGACAGAGCAAGCUCGGAAAGGUUCAGGUUCUUGACAGGGCAGCACUACACGGUAAGACGAUGAAGUAAUGUCCCACGAGUCCAACCAGCGGCUGUAAACUCUUUCAGAACUUAGUAAAGCACAAGCCAUGCUAGGGGUUUGGUUAACUAGAGCGCAGGAAACCGGACCAUUGUGCACAUCCAUGGAUGCUCUCCUUUGGUUAUCACGGUUAUUACCGACGAUGAGGUAUCCCGUACAAGUUGCAAUACACUACUAACCCCCCGGUUCAACUGGGCGGGUGAAAACCGGGGGUUGUAUUUAACCUUAAAUAAUGAAGCGAGUGUAAAAUUUC